CCACUUCAUGCUACGGCGAGCCAGCAUCUGACUCUUUCGAAUCCAUUCUCUCGCCCCCUGGUCUACAAAUGCUGCAUUCUGGGAGCAUCUUUGGACCAGUUUGCCAUCGCAGAAGGCAGUACUUCCUCCAAGAUGACUGCUCAUGGUAAAACGGGCAAUACUUCCCAGUCGAAAGUAUCUACCAAGAGAGCUUCCAGUCCACGGCGCGUAGAAGUUGUUAUCCCAGCGAACAGCAGCCGAGAAAUCACUCUGGAAUUUAGGCCCAGAGCCAUUCGAAUCACUCAGGCAGUGCUGCUUGUUGUCGGCCAGAGAAAGGGUCCCAAAGCGGGACCAACAAUGGUAUUUCAACUGAGCGGAAGGCCAAGCGCUGUGACAACAACGGACUGCAUCCAGUUUGCUGCCGAUUGCUACGAGGCGAAUGAAAGAAACUGCCCUAUCCGGAACCCUUUGAACAGUGGAGGCCAGUUCAGCGUGAAACUGGUUGAGGGCGAGGAAGAUCUCUCUGAGGCGAUCAUGAGAUUGCGGGGGCUUGGAAGCCAGCCGCCGAAUGAUACCGAUCUGGAGCCUCCGAGAAGUGCUUCCAAGGGACGCCUCCGGGCCUUUACUUGCCUUACGCCAGAAAUUCACCUGCCCGACAGUGUCAGUAUGCCAGAGGCGGCCGCGCCCCCGAAGAGUGCCGAAGGAGUCCAAAUCCUGUUCCUGCCCUUCGCAGUCAAGGAAUACCAGGCCUGUCUCCUCUUCUCCAACCUGGAGGCGGGUGAUUUUGUUGUGCGCCUGACAGGCCAGGCAAAACCCCCAAAGCCUAUGAUCUUGCCCUUGAGGUCUGAGAGCGAGGGCGCGGAAACUGGAAAGGAAGCUCCAGAAUCUUCUAUGCGAAUCGCACCCAACUUGGCUGCAGGUGAGUUCAAGAAUAAUUUCACCACAAUUGUAGUAAUCGAUUAG